CUAUAUCCAUCUCCACACAAGUAGAUAAACCGUGGAAACUUAUGUGAAGAAAGCCUAGGAAAUAUUUAAGCCGCUGCAAAGUUUCACUUUCGCAGAAGCAUUGUCCGUCAGUUAUGGCCCUGGCAAUGGCCUCCACUGCACUCUCAACCGUCUCAAUCAGGGAAGUUCCUUGGAAGUUUCCAUCUGGAAAAAGCAGAACAAUGUGCUUGGUGGGUAGAACAACCCGUGUGAAUGCAGCAAAAGAGGUCUCCAGUGUUUGUGAACCUCUGCCUCCGGAUAGACCAUUGUGGUUCCCUGGUAGUUCACCCCCUGAGUGGCUGGAUGGCAGUCUUCCUGGUGAUUUCGGUUUCGACCCACUUGGAUUAGGGUCUGAUCCAGAGUUACUGAAAUGGUUUGCACAAGCUGAAUUGAUACAUGGGAGAUGGGCAAUGCUGGCAGUGGCAGGAAUUCUCAUACCAGAGUGGCUCGAAAGAUUAGGCUUCAUCGACAACUUCUCAUGGUACGAUGCCGGAGCUCGUGAAUACUUCGCAGACCCCACAACCUUGUUCGUGGUCCAAUUAGUGUUGAUGGGUUGGGUUGAGGGAAGAAGAUGGGCUGAUAUAAUCAACCCAGGGAGCGUUGACAUUGAGCCCACAUUGCCACAUAAAAAGAAGCCAACGCCGGAUGUUGGUUACCCAGGUGGUCUGUGGUUCGACCCUUUAAUGUGGGGCCGAGGUUCACCAGAGCCGGUGAUGGUGCUGAGGACGAAGGAGAUCAAGAAUGGGAGGCUUGCGAUGCUAGCUUUCGUGGGUUUCUGUUUCCAAGCCGUAUAUACUGGGGAAGGUCCCAUUGAGAAUUUGAUGGCUCACCUUGCAGAUCCCGGUCACUGCAACAUAUUUUCGGCUUUCACUUCACAGUACUAGUAACCUGAGAUCAGAAUAUGGGGUUGCAGAAGACGGUAAAAUUGUUUCACUAUGUUUGCACUCUGUUUUGUUAUCAAAGCAAGAGAGCAAAGAAAAUUGUAAAUACCAAAGAAGGCAAAAGAAAACUGAGGAAUUCUUUAUUGA